UCCGUCAACCUGUCUACAGCCACUCCCGAUUGACUCCACGUAUAUGCAGUAGUCACCGGGUUCGCUUUCAGCACCCGAUUGAAGUUCGCAACGUGGCGGGCUUGCAUUGCACAGCAAACCCUUUGAUUGUCAAGGCUGCCUGUGAUACCAUGAUGCUUGGACAAACACGAAUCCUACGCGGAAGUCGUAAGGCUGCCGGCGGAGCGGCAGCGCCCCUGGCCAAGUCGGGACCGCGACCGGUCGUGGUGCGGCCUGGACUGCAUACAGCGCCGCAACAGAGCCAUCUGGUCCACACUAAGCCAACGGUGGUGGUGCGCUCGUCCGCUACUGCUGACAAAGCAUCCAUCUCGCAAACCAACGGCGUGGAGCAGUCCACAUCGCCUUCAGUCUACAGUUUCGGAAACCUGAAUGUCGAGGAGGCGUAUGACUUGGAGCGGAAUGACUGGAAGACCACCUCCCUCAGCGUGGUCGUGGUGGGCGCGUCCGGCGACCUCGCUAAGAAGAAAAUCUUCCCCGCGCUCUUCGCGCUGUACUACGAGGGGCUGCUGCCGGAGGAGUUCCACAUCUUUGGCUUUGCGCGCAGCAAGAUGACUGAUGCGGAGUUCCGGAACAUGAUCGCCGGCACGCUCACAUGCCGUAUCCACGCACGUGAGAACUGCCAGGAGAAGACGGAGAAGUUCCUGGAGCGCUGCUUCUACAGCGCGGGCCAGUACGACGAGGCCGCUUCCUUCCAGACGCUCAACGGCCGCAUGGGCGAGGUGGAGGUGGCCUGCGGCAAGCCGCGCAGCAACCGCAUGUUCUUCCUGUCCAUCCCGCCCAACGUCUUCAUCGCGGCGGCGGGCGGCGCGGCCGACUUCUGCUCCACCAAGACCGGCUGGACGCGUGUGAUUGUGGAGAAGCCCUUUGGCCGCGACAGCGCCAGCAGCGCGGCCCUGGGUCGCGGCCUGGCGGCUCACCUUCGCGAGGACCAGAUCUACCGCAUCGACCACUACCUGGGCAAGGAGCUGAUUGAGAACCUCACGGUGCUCCGCUUCAGCAACCUGGUGUUUGAGCCGCUGUGGUGCCGGCAGUACAUCCGCAACGUGCAGAUCACGUUCAGCGAGAACUUCGGCACCGAGGGCCGCGGCGGCUACUUUGACACGUACGGCAUCCUGCGCGACGUGAUCCAGAACCACCUGCUGCAGAUCCUGGCGCUGUUCGCCAUGGAGCCGCCGGUGUCCCUGGCCGCUGAGGACAUCCGUGACGCCAAGGUCAAGGUGCUGCGCUCCAUGGCGGCGGUGCGGCUGGAGGACACGGUGCUGGGGCAGUACCGCUCCCGCGCCGUGGCGGGCGGCAAGACACUGCCCGGCUACCUGGACGACAAGACCGUGCCGCCGGGCAGCCUGACUCCCACGUUUGCUGCGUGCGCCAUGUACAUCAACAACCCGCGCUGGGACGGCGUGCCCUUCCUGCUCAAGGCCGGCAAGGCGCUGCACACGCGGCGGGCCGAGAUCCGAGUGCAGUUCAGGCACGUGCCGGGCUCGCUGUACAAGCACAAGUUCGGCCCCGACCUGGACAGCGCCACCAACGAGCUGGUCAUCCGCAUCCAGCCCAAGGAGUCCAUCUACCUCAAGAUAAACAACAAGGUGCCCGGCCUGGGCCUGCAGCUGGACACCACCAAGCUGGACCUGCAGUACCAGGCCGCCUACAAGGCCGCGGAGCUGCCCGACGCCUACGAGCGACUGCUGCUGGAUGUGGUCAACGGCGACAAGCGGCUGUUCAUUCGCUACGACGAGCUGGAGGCGGCGUGGGAGCUGUUCACGCCGCUGCUGCACGAGAUCGAGAGCCGCAAGAUCGCCCCCGAGCUGUACCCGUACGGCAGCCGCGGUCCCGUGGGCGCCCACUACCUGGCCGCCAAACACAGCGUGCGCUGGGGCGACCUGGCCAACGACGACGACGACUUGUAGGCGCAGGAGCAGGAGCAGGAGGAGGAGGUCGGCGGCCAGGCAGGAGGAGGAGGCGAGGAGGAGGAGGGGAAGAGGAGGGCAUUCGGGCUGGGCUGAGUCGAGGUUGUUGGUGUGACAGGGGAGAGAGGCUUGGGCUGUGUGCGGUCAAUUGACCAGGGGCGCUGCGGAAGAAGCGCCCAAACGCCCCGGCGAGCGAUGGGUUCUUACGUGUCCAGAAGCGUAGAGGACACACAUUGCACGUGUGCACAUUUAGACCCAGAAGACUACGAGCGUGGCUUUAUGUUUGUAUUUUCAGGCAGUCUCGCGGCCAAUGCCGCGGCCGCCUGGCUGUCUCGUCCGUCUCCACAGAACUUUAUCUUCGUACUUCAUGUGCUGUGUGUCGUAGCGGUCAAAGGUGUCACGCGUGUUGGCGACGUUGUUUGUUUUGUUGGGUACGCCGGUGUAUGGUACCGUAUGUAGCUUGACGUCUGCCUAUGCUUGUACAGGGUAGCAGCGAGGCCCAUGGGGUUGUGUGUAUGUAUGUGUGUGUGCGUUCACCCUGGUACGGUACUGUGUUUAUAGGUAGCUUGCGUCUGGGCCCGAUGCCUGCCUGGUUCGCAGGUGGCGCCAGCUGCGGCUGUGUUUAGCGGGGCUGGUUGUAUUUGAAUGACCUGUAGGAAGUGAUUAGGAACAAGACUUGAGGUCGGCUUGCGCUCGACUUUGCUUUGUGUUGGCGGUCGCGCAAAGCCGCGGCAUGGUGCCAACGCGGCAUGGUGCGCACACCCGCCCGCUUGCACUCGGGCCAUUCCCGAUACAUGUGGUGCGGGGUGUUUGUGCGGUGACUGGGGCGGCUCAGCUGCCUGCCGGUCAUUGGCUGGCGCGUAUUCUUUUCUUCCUGCGGGGAACAUCUCCCCCCACACCUAGAAUGAACGAGAGUGACACUCGCACGCGUGGAUUCACGUGACGCGCUGGUUGAGAGGCGCCGCACUGUAAGGCUGCUGACAGACUGAAGGCGUCGGCCAGUGUUGUUUCGCCCCCUCCGUUACCUUGCUCAUGAGCCAACGGGUUGCGGGCUUGAGGGAGUGGCAGCAGCACACGAGCUUGUGUGUAAGACGGCAGCAUG